AUGGCGGGUUCCACGACUGAUGCUACUGCGGAAGGCAGCAAAGGCACAGAGAUGAUGGCAGUGAUGUGGUCAAUGACUACUCUUGCCACCAUCCUGGUCGUCAGUCGCUUAUGUGUCCGGCAGCGAAUAUUGCACAGCUUUGGGUUGGACGACUGGUUAAUCGGAGCAUCCAUGCGACUGUAUCCGUGGUCCAUGGAUAUGGACAACAUACGAAAACUCUGA